UUACAGAGGGAGGAGGCGCGGUCCCUGAACACACCAAGCAUUUGACAGGUCAGUGUGAGCCACACCGAAGAGGAUGGAGUUUGGACAGCGAUGUCUGAGCCCUGCGUCUAGAUUGACUUGACAGCACUUUGUCAGACUUUUAUUCGCGAGAUUCAGACGACUGGGGAAAGCGUAAACUUUCAAGGAUCAGAAGACAAUGAACAGAGAGUGUUGCAUUCAGUUCCUAUCAUCAAGGUACAUAACAAUUCAAGGAUGAAAUGAAAUAUAUUGGAAUAGAAUGGAACUGACAUUUCAGUAGGUUGCCAGUGUGGUUAUUUCUCUGAUCUUAGAGUCUAACCCACAUCACCAAUGCAAUCAGUGAACAAUUUACUGAGAAAUAGCCUAUGCAUUACAUAGCUAUGCAACAGGAACGUUUGUUAAAAGUCCUUGUGAUAGGAGAUUUGGGUGUCGGCAAGACAUCCAUUAUUAAGCGCUAUGUCCACCAGAUAUUCUCUCAACACUACCGCGCCACUAUAGGGGUGGAUUUUGCAUUGAAAGUACUGGACUGGGACCAACAGACUGUAGUGCGCCUUCAGCUGUGGGAUAUUGCUGGUCAGGAGCGUUAUGGCAACAUGACACGCGUGUACUACCGGGAGGCCGUUGGCGCAUUGGUAGUCUUCGACAUGACGCGCUACUCCACCUUCCAAGCCGUUCUCAAGUGGAAGGGCGACCUGGACUCCAAGGUGGCGCUGUGUAACGGGCGCCCUGUGCCCGCCGUCCUGUUGGCCAACAAGUGUGACCAGGAGCUCUACGGCCUCUGCUCCAAACUGCCCAAGCUGGACACGUUCUCCCGCGAGCAGGGCUUUGUGGGCUGGUACGAGACGUCUGCCAGGGACAACACAAACAUCGAUGCAGCGAUGAUGUGUCUGGUGGAGAACAUUCUGGCGAACAGCACAGACAGAGACAGCAACACGCCAGAGGACUCCGACCCCAACGUCGUCAUCCUGCCUUCCUUCGACUACAACCUCCAUGAAAGGCCUGGCCCAGGUUGCUCGUCAUGUUCAAAGCUCAAGGAAAGGAGGGAGUGAAAAAAAACUAGAACGAGAAAGAGGUAGAGAGAAGGACCAGAUAGAGAGAGUAAGAAAAGAGAGAGAGAGAGAGAGAGAGAGAUUGCUUGCUAAUUGAAUUCCUUCCAUAGAGACAUAUGGUGCAAUCAGAUUAUCGUCACUCUCACUUUUGCUGUCGUUCUAAUUAAACAGUCUCACACUUUUAUGUGUCGACUUCGGAGUGGGAGUUCUGGAGGAGGUGACACCUCUAAAUCACACCUGCGUGGCGUUUUUGUGCUAAAAUAAACCAUUGUUUAGAAAAACCUACGACUGAUGCAUAGACACCUCUCGUGGGGUGUGUUCGAAAAUUGUAUGCGCAAUCAAUAAACACUUAAACACUGAUGAGCCCCAGGAGAAAUACUCCAUUUUCUCUGCCUGAGGCAAGUAAUAUGACAUGCUUAUACAGGCAGAAUCUAUGAUAGCGCAACAGCAACAAUAUGAAAAUCAGUGGGAUGCUUUGAAAAGAAAUGAUUGUAUGUAUUUUUUGAGCAAAGAUGCCAAUCAUUUUGCGAUUCUUUGUGAGUGGCAUAAUGACAUAAUGACAGAUGUUCAUGACUGUACCAUAAAAGCAGGCAGAGGGAAA